AUGAAGACUGCAGCAUGGACUGCAGACGACGCUGCACCUGCUGCACCUGAGGACAUUUUAAUCAAGAUUGAGUUUGAAAGACCGGAGUCGACAGCAUCAAGUGUCUACUCUCUGGAGAGUGACGAGGGCGUGGAGGACGAGCUGAAGGCCGAACUCCAGGUUCGCAGGAGGCCCAAAAACAAGAAAAGCUGCUCUGGGAAACCGGAGCUUGCGAUCGCCCCUAACUACAAGAGGCACCCGGCUCUGACUGUCAAAUACACGUUCAAGCUCCUCCAGCAAGUGUUAAAGAAGCUGACUGAAGCUCAGAUGAAGUUCUUUAAGAAGUUCCUGUGGGAACGUUACCCUGAGUUCUUCAGGGACCCUCUGGAUGUCCUGGACCUCAUCGACCUGGUGGACAAGAUGCUGGAGUGCUGUGACAUCGACAUCUCGCUCAACAUCACCCAGCAUGUGCUCGAGUUCAUGGGACUCCGUAAACUCGUGAGCUACAUAUGUGGACACCUUCAUAGGAAUGAGGUGCGCUAUGGUUUGAAGCAGCAGCUGAGAGAGAAGUACUCCGUCAUUCACGAAGGCUGCCCAAAGAAUGGCGGGCCGGCGGACUUUGAGUCGGUCUACGCCGACCAUUUCAUCACGUCGGGGCUGUACGCGCCGGUCAACGGCGAGCACGAGCUGAGAGGGCUGGUUGAGGAGCUGAGGGUGGACAAGGGGUUCAAGUACAAGCCCAUAAAGAACACCGACAUCUACAACCCGGAAAUCGUGGCCGAGCGGUACCUGAGGCUCAUGGUCAUGAGGGGCAUCGCCGGGAUCGGCAAGACCACGGCCGUGCAGCGCUUCAUCAUGGACUGGGUCAACGAGAAGGCGCACGAAGAGAUCUACUUCGUGUUCCCGCUGUCGGGCGAGUACGUGAUGCAGCACCUGGACGAUGAGAAGUCGCUCCGAGAGAUCCUGAACGAGCUCUACCCCGCCGUGGUGCCCCUGGCCGACCUGGAGUUCGAGGACUGCCAGCUGAUGUUCAUCCUGGACGACGCGGACGAGCUGGUGCACGAGCUGGACUUCCUGUACACGCACUGCUGGUGCGACGCCAACACUGUGGUGCCCGUGCGCAACCUGUUCAUCAACCUCAUCAAGGGCAACCUGCUGCACUAUGCCUUCCUGUGGAUGGUGACGCGGCCGCUGUCGUCCUGCGCGCUCCCCUCCGACCGUGUCAACCAGGUGGUGGAAGUGCGCGGCUUCGACGAGGACGCCCGCGACCAGUACUUCCGCAAGCGCUUCGGCGGCGAAAAGGACCCGGCGCAGGCCGAGCGCGCCGUCGCCUACGUGCGCGCCAACAAGACCAUCUUCAUCAUGUGCCACCUGCCCAUGUUCUGCUGGGUGGUGUCCAACUACCUGCGGAAGGUGUUCAAGAAGUACCCGCGGGGGCAGGAGCCGCCGGGCGCCCUCACGGAGCUCUACGCGCACCUGGUGCAGGUGUACUUCAACAUGCGCGAGAGGCGCGAGAGGGAGACUGGCCCGCUGGCCGAGGACAAGAAGUGGGAGGACAGCAGGCAGCUGCUGAUGAAGAUGGCCAAGGUGGCGUACACCAUGCUGGACAAGGAGGCCUUCCACGUGUCCAAGAGCAACUGGAAGGACGAGGACUCGGACGCCAAGGAGGCCAUCGUGCGCUCGGGGCUGCUGUCCGAGUACUACCGCGAGAGGUUCAUCCUGUAUCAGGAGAAGAUCCGCUGCUUCAUCCACCCCACGGUGCAGGAGUUCAUGGCUGCCCUCUACGUGUUCCUCAUGUUCAAGAACCACGGAAAGAACGUUCUAGACACCAGCAAGAUGUCCAUGAUCAAGCUCCGGGACCUGAGCCUGGCGGACGUCUACAAGUCCGCCGUGGACAAAGCGGUGCACUCCAAGGCCGCCGCCCCUUGCCACUACGACCUGUUUCUGCGCUUCCUGGCAGGCAUGGGCGCGGAGUCCACCCAGAGGCUUCUGGGUGAUUUUAUUAAUCAAGUCGGGUGCAAGAACGCGGCCCUCGAGGAUGCCGCCAAGGCCCUCAGGAGAAAGAUGAAGGAGCAUCAAGACAGAAAGGAGACUUUGGAGAAGUGCAUUGAAGAACUGUACCCAACAACCAACCCAACCCAAGCCAACCUAACAGCUUCACGCAAAGGAAGCCUUAAAUUCUAACUUCAUGACACUCACAUAGGGUUUAUGUUAUUUACAAGACACUUUUGUCCAAAGCAACUUGCAAUGACAUCAGUAAACAUUACAACAUUAACAUGAACAGUUUAUAGAGAGGCUGCAUUGCACCCUCUGACACCACGUGCCUUAUUCGUUAAUUUGAGAUGAUUUUUUUGUGCAUUUUUUUUAUAUUUUCUUUUGGAAAUGGCGAUAUUUGAGAAUGUCCUGAUCAAAGUCAUUCUGUUGCAGUACUUAACUUCAGCUAACGCUGGGAUGCUUUUGACAGCCCACCAGCAGUGUGGAGCAAAUUCAUUUGAGUUUGUAUUGUUUCUGGCUGUGCACUAACAAAAGGUUUGUUAUAUAAAGAAAAUUAGUCUUUUUUUUUUUUUUAUAUAUCAGAUGCUUUCAUCCCAUCAUGAGGGUGAUUUGCUGAAACCACAAUUACAAGGGAAAUCACAUUGGCCAUUCUAUCUACAGCACUUGUCAGAUGGACAUAGGAGUUAGUAAGGCAAUGAUAAAUGCCAAAUACCAUGAUAAAUUAUGUCCUGUCCAGAAAUGCUUAAUUGUCUCAAUGUAUAAUAGCUUUACCUAAAUGUAUCUUUACUGGGCGUAUGUCUUAACAAGCGUGUGCUGUAAGAUGAAAUGUUUCCAGAGAUCCCUGAGAACUGAAAAGGAAAAAGCAAAAGUUGAAAGAUGUUUUGUGGGGUUAAUUACAAAAAGGGAAACAAGCAAUAAUGCUAGCAGUUGAUUGGUGUAUGUGGUGAUCAGAUGGGUACAUGGGAGCGUGAGUAUUGGUGGAGAGGUUUGUUAGUAUUUGUUUGCCAAGGAUAACUUUAUCACUGUCUAUGCUUGUCAUGCCUGUAAUACCAUUGUUAGCCUAUGAUGAUCUCUCCACCCAAGGAGAGUGAUCUCAGCAAAAUAUGAAAACUCAUCUCCAGAAGGUUGCAUUUUUAAAAAUAUGGUCACACAAAGCUGCAUGCACAUGACAUGAAAACUGGUCAACUGGCAAAAACAAUAAUUUGUUAAUUAAACACCGGAGUUCUGCGUCAUACUAUCGUACACUGGAGAGGACUAUGGGGAUUUCCCGAGAGUUUCAAAUAAGACCACAGUGCACCGCAAUAUGAAGUGGACUGCUUGACUACUAUGUGUACAUGUUUUUCAUUCCUUAUUUAUACAGUUUUGCAUUUGUAGAAUGUGUUCCAGUCUUUUAAGAAAACAUGAGUGAUCUGCCAAAACAGAUUACUUUUAUUUUAAUGGAAUUCAAGUUAAACUAUAUGACAUCACAGAAUAGCGCAAUCAUGAAACAAAUAUAAACAUGAUUAUCCCUGUACUGUUCAAAAGUUUACAUAGCCUUAGUUCUUAAUACUAUGUAUUGGUCCUUUUAGCAUUUUUGAUGACUUGCAGCGUUUUGUGGUCGUUGUGGAUCUUUUAUUACUUUUAGUACCGUGUCCCGUAAACACUUGGGUUGUCUCACGUGAAGUGCACAUUUGAGAUGUCCCCACAGUGGCUUAAUUAGACUGAGAUCCGAAAACUGUGAUGGCCACUCCAGAACCUUCACUUACUCCUACUGUAGCCACUGAAGGGUCAAACUGGUCCAAGUCCAAGUGUGUCCCAUGUGCAGUUUUGGGCCAGUGAGUGCAAAUUGUCCUCCUUGCAUGAUGCAUUAAUCUUGCCAGCAAUUCUGACAACAUUCCCUGCAUCUUUGUAGCUGACACACCCCCAAAACACUAGACAUCCACCUCCGUGCUUUACAGGGUGAAGAAAGAUUUUCGUUAGUCAUAUUUUCCAAAAACUCAGCAAUACUUCACAAAUGCUGCCAGGGUAUGUGAACUCAUGAGCACAGCACUGGAGAUGAGAAAGUGGCACGAAGUGUGAUUUAUGUGUGUGUAACUGUGAAGAGUGAAGUCAGAGGGGCAAACACAGUAGCAGUCGGUGUGUGAUUAUAAAUGUGCAGGUGCCCACAGUGUGUAUGGUGUUUCAUCAAACUAUUCCUGUAUUAGGAAACUCAUGAGUAUGUGAAUAUGUUUGAUGUCUGUCAAGCUGGAAGGGAUUCUAAAUAAAUGGGCUGUUGAGUUGAA